AUUAAAUAAAUCCUUCAAAAAUGCAAAAAAGCUCCCAAACCCCAAUCCCAUAUCAAAAAUCAAUCCCAAAGGCGAAACACCCCUCCCCAACUCCCUUCCAAACUCUCUCCCUAAAAUCCCCUCUUGCCAAAUAAGCCCCCAUCUAAUUUAAAAGCCCUUCAGCUCCCAUCGCUUAUAGUACUAGAGAAGGAGAGAAAGUUAGCCUCAGUAGCAUUCCAUGCUAUUGCAGAAGAAUAUAAAAUAGAUUAUUCAGCCAAGUUCGGGUCAUGAAUUGUGUAUGAGGAUUAUUGUAGGAAGAAGGUGUUUUGAAGGAAUUUUAGGGUUUUAAUGAAGAUGAAGACUGGGGGAGAGGGAGAUAGGUUGAGGGUGAUUGGAACGAAGAUUAGGAAGAAUGAUUUACAGAGGUUGUUAGGUCAGAAAUACGCACAUUUUGACCGUAUUGAGUUCUUUCAGACGAUAUUAGGGAGAAGAACUUUGAUAAAUGGGGCAUUUAUUAUUAAUAGUUUUGUGAAAAUAUGCUCUAAGACUCUUAAAAAUAUAAACAUUUGGAAUUUAUCUCUUUCACAUAAAUAACUUUGCUAAUAUUAUUCUUAUGAAUCACAUAUGACAAUCGAUUGAGUUUAUCGAUUGAAUAAUCUUAGAAGGAAAACUUAAAAGCAAGCUAGACAAAAAAUCUAGCCUGAAGAAAAUAAGAUUUUACAACAAUGAAGGGUAUCUGCUGAACAUAGAGAGCAUAAAAUGUAUUGUGCAUAAUCUAUCAUUGUGAUUAUCUUGCAACGUCAAAAUAUUUAUCAAUAAUUCGAAAUCCGAUCCAGAAUAUUGUGACCAACUACAAUCCAUUGUGGAAAAUACAAAAUUCGAAAUACAUUUAGAAAGUGAUUUGUAAAGGAAUAAUAACAUUAAAUCUGACAAGACUCAAUAAAAAUACUCUCAACUAAAAUUCUCAAAAAC